UGAGUGUGACAGUGUUGACCCGGGCGACUGAGGUGACCCGGCGCGGGGAAGGCGGCUGUGGCGGGUUGGUGAUUGAUUAGAGGUGGCGCCUGGCCGCUCGUUCUAGCGAGGGGCAGGCGUGCGGUGCGGGAGGGCAGGAUGGCUGAGCUCGGUGGGGUGAGGGCGGCUGGCGGGGCUGGGUUGAGUGGGACCCGCGGAGAUCGUGCGAGGAAGACUCGGACCGCGCUUUGCCCUCCGUCGUCCUUGCCUUCCUUCGAGUCCCUUCUGUCCGUGGUGACCUUGCAUGAUGCCUCGUUUGGACACUCGGAUCCCAACCAUGGGUUUAUCUUCCUCCACACCUUCUGUUGCUGUUCAGACCACAAAUGCUUCAGAUCAUCAGCUAUCAGCCCCACCUUCAGGAUGUCCAAUGCAUCAAGGGCAAAUGACAGGUAAUUUACCAGCAAGGGCAGAGUCAUCUAACACAGCUAAUCAGUGCACAACCAGCUCUGUGCCUGCCCACCAGGACCGUGCCUAUGAAUACGUGGAGUGUCCCGUGACGGGUGCCAGAGUGGAGAAUAAGGAGAAUCUCGAUCCUUCUAACCUGAUGCCGCCGCCCAAUCAGAUGCCAGCCCCAGACCAGCCAUUUUCUCUGUCAACAGCGAGAGAGGAGUCUUCGAUUCCCAGGGCUGAUUCUGAGAAGAAGUGGGUGUAUCCUUCUGAGCAGAUGUUCUGGAACGCAAUGCUGAGGAAAGGGUGGAGGUGGAAGGAUGAGGAUAUUAGCCAGGCAGAUAUGCACAAUAUCAUUAAAAUCCACAAUCAGAACAAUGAGCAGGCAUGGAAGGAGAUUCUGAAGUGGGAGGCCCUGCAUGCCACGGAGUGUCCUUGUGGACCAUCACUGAUCCGGUUUGGAGGGAAAGCCAAAAUGUAUUCCCCGCGGGCAAGAAUCCGCUCCUGGAUGGGGUAUGAGCUGCCUUUUGACCGGCAUGAUUGGAUUGUCAACCGCUGUGGGACAGAAGUCAGAUACAUCAUUGACUACUAUGAUGGUGGACAUGUCAAUGAGGACUAUCAAUUCACCAUCCUGGAUGUUCGGCCUGCUUUCGACUCACUUUCUGCCGUGUGGGACAGGAUGAAGGUGGCAUGGUGGCGAUGGACUUCUUAACCCGUGUUUUCUUAACGUUGGGAAAGCCUCAGCGACUCUUUGUGUGUGCUGAGUGCUCUAUUAAAGUCU